AUGUCGAGAGGGACAACGUGCAAGGCUGCAUAUUCCAGACUGAAACGAGGAGAGGAGGCGGAGAAAGUUGGCCUGAAAAAGACGCUAUACCCAAACCAAAAAGGCGAAAAUCGACAUCAACGAACAACAAAACAGGGGAUGAAACGGAAUCAGUCUAAUUUCGCGUCAACUACGAUCGGUUCAACAUUCAUCUCCGGAACUUUCUAA